AUCGAUUAGAAAGAGAGAGAAAAACCCAAACUAAAUUCAUUUGAGAGCUAACUUUACACUGAACGUAGUACAUAUUGUGAGGAAAAAUUUUAAAUAUAAAAAUUGUUGUAAUGUUUUGAAUAAUCCAUACUUUAAAAAAAAACACUUUUCUAACGUUUUUGAACGUUGUUAAAUCAUAUGUUUGUGACGUUAGUAGGUAAAUGAUUCUAAAUGACAAUUGAUAGACAAAAUUUCCCUAACUUUGCAAAUAGAAUAUUAAUUACAAAAGGAAUCAGAGGUGGUUUGCAUUUUAAAUAAAGAUCGUCAUUUUAUUUAUUGAAAAAAAAAAAUGAGUUUCACACCGCCAGUAUUAAAAAAAGAACGUAUUUAUGACAGGUCAAGUUCUAGAUGAGCGAUGCGGCGGAACGACCAAAAAGGACUAAAGUGCGCCGACAGAGGUCCAUCUAUCAAGUGCACUAUAAUAUCGAGAAACGCAACGACGAGCUGAUGACGAAGCCCCUUGCCCUGCAGAAAGGGCUUGAAAUCCAAGCCUACGAUCUGCAGGUAGCCGGCCACAGAAAGACCGAAGACACCAAGUACUCAGGUUUAUUGCAAUGCAGUAACGGAACAAUCCUGAAACCCAUAAUCAAAGAGUCCCAGAGACGCGAGGUAGAUUUCUACGAGCGCAUGUGGUCAUCGUCCGAUCCUGACCUGGUGGAACUUCGAAAAUGCACGCCCAAGUAUUUCUACUGCAAGAAAUACACUUACAAUGGCUACGAACAGGAGUAUAUUAUUCUGGAAGAUCUGACGAGGAGGAUGCUCGAGCCUUGCAUCAUGGAUGUUAAAAUUGGCAAAAGAACAUGGGACCCGCUCGCCACAGAGGAGAAGAUUAAGAACGAGCAGGCCAAGUAUGCGCUGUGCAAGCAGCAGUACGGCUUCUGCAUACCAGGCUUCCAGGUCUUCAAGCUGAAUAGCGGGAAACUGCACAAAUAUAACAAGGAAUACGGCAAGAAGCUCCACGGGCAAGGCGUGCGGGACGCCAUAAAGAACUACCUGAACGCGAUAGGCGGCGAGCUGUGUCGCGCGCUGCUGCUGCAGAUCCUGUCGCAGCUGUGGCGCGUGCAGCGCUGGGCGCGCGCGCAGACGGCGCUGCGGCUGUACUCCGCCUCCGUGCUGUUGGUGUACGACGCCGCGCGCCUGCGGGACUGCUGUGCCGACCACGACCUGCUCAUGACCCGCAAAACAUGUCGUUCCACGCCGAUCACAAGGCGUCAGUCCAUACCUUCAUUACACAGCGGAACUUCAUUCAGUGGUCAGUUGUCCAAGACAGGUCCGGUCUACAAGAAGCUGUCUUCUGUUCCCCUGUCCCCCCUCCAAAACGAGCCCCCCCAUCCCCCUUUAAACUCCCCCUGGAGCGAGGCCCUCGAAAAACUCAACCACAAUCACUCCUUUGAGCAUAACUAUGAAGAUAAGUUGUCUAAAAUAAAGAUGAACUAUCGUGCCCUUCUCGACCAAUUGAGUUCGGAUUCUCCCAACCCUGACCCCUGGGGUACGGUAAAAAUUAUCGACUUCGCUCACGCGUUCUUCAACGAGGAGGAGGAGAGGUGUGUAGAUGACAAUUUUAAGGACGGUAUAGAUUCUUUUGUAGCGAUCUUCGAGGAUUUCUUGAGUGAAACUGACGAUCAAAUUAUUUGAUGAUAAAUGUUAUUGUAUAUAAUUUGAAAAAAAAAAGAAGAAAAUAAGAACAUUAAUAAUUGUAUUAAGUUAUUAACCACAGAGUUAAAAAACGUCAAAAAAAGAAAGGUUAUUUCUGUGAUUUUGAGGGAUAAAAUAGGACUGUUCCAACUAUUUUAAUCUGUUCAUUUUGGAAGUCGUAAACUUGAUUGAAAUAUUUAAAUCUCACGUUUGUUCUAUUAGUGUGCUUAGUGCGAGUUUUUUAACGUUCUCGAUACUGUAAAAGUUUACUCAAAUUUGUAUGCAGUGUAACUUUUGCGCUGUUCUCACUUCUGUCAAGGUCAAACUGGCUUUAUGGUUCGUAACCAUGAAA